AUCAGCUCGCCUAAACAUCUCAUAUAUGUUUAUCAAUACAACCACACGUGACAUCUACAUAUAACCAUGCACGCUCCGCAUAAUCGACAACCUCAACCUAACAUAUAUAUCAAAUAAUUAAUGUUGAUUUGUCGAUCGUGUUUGCGACCAAAUCGAUACUGACAAUUACGAUAUCUACUCACUAUGUUCGUCAGUCCAACUAAUAGGAAUAAUAAUUUAACUUACCAAGAUCAAAUCGAUUUGAAAUCACAAGAACGACGGCGGUUGAUGGCACAUAUUAGCAAAAGAGCCGGAGACGAUGACGUUGUAGGCAGCAAGGCGAGGCUGAGUCCGCCGCGAAGGAACAGCCCGCAGCCAGAGCGCUCGCGCGACGAUCAGGACAAUACCGAUGAAUCGACGACGAGCACCAUAAUCAGCCUGACUCGAAUCCGCGAGAUUGGUAAUGAUUUUCCAAUACAAACAAUUUGUCGAACGCUUGGCAGGUGCCACACGAACAUCAUGCUGCUAGCUCUGUCUUCACGGCUUGGGACUUGGCGUAGACGAGAACGACGAUCGAUGAUAUCAACGUGCCAGCGCGACGAUUUCCAUUUGAUGACGGUGAUGGCAGUACGACUUGUUCGAGUUGAGACGAGCGCGAUCCAGGAACCACAGCAGUACGUCGAUAAGUCCAUGACGACACAACGAGGUGAACGCGACAACACACGGCUCAAUGGGUAAAGAGGGCGCGACGGCUGAGGAGCUCCGUCCAAACGAGCCUUCGGACAGUGAUGAACCAGACCGCGAGAAGGUCAUGGUGCGGGCGAGUGAGAACGACGUUGUGCCGAAGUUGCAGAGAACGACAGCAGUGAUUUGGUGGUGCUGGACACGAAGAACAACGGCACGACCGCGGCUUGAGCUGGGGCAGGGAGGGCUAGAGGACUGCGGCGUGCAGGGCUCCACGACGUUGGAAUUUCUGGACGCGCGACGAGCUAGAGCAGAGGGCAGGGGAUGGAAGCAGCGGCCAAUUUAAACGGUGCUUGAGCGGUGACUGAGGAUAGGAGCGUGCGGGAUUUUUCCAUGGGUCUUGAGCGGCGCACGCUG